AUGGCCCCCAAGAAGAAGUCGAAGUCCUCUGACAACCUUAACUCGCGCCUGGCGCUUGUUAUGAAGUCUGGAAAGGUCACUUUGGGCUACAAGUCAACCCUUAAGGCCCUCCGUUCUGGCAAGGCUAAGCUGGUCCUCAUUGCCGGCAACACUCCGCCGCUGCGCAAGAGUGAGCUCGAGUACUACAGCAUGCUGUCCAAGGCCCCGGUUCACCACUACGGAGGCACCAACAUUGAGUUGGGUACUGCCUGCGGUAAGCUGUUCCGCUGCUCCACCAUGGCCGUGCUCGACGCCGGUGACUCCGACAUCCUGAGCGAGCAACAAUCCUAG